UAAGAUAUGAAAACUUGUCUAACAUAAAGAUAUCACUUCUGAGAGGGGUAGGACGCUAUGAUGAUUCUACUGUACGCUUUUAUAUUAAUCAUCUCUACUUCAGAAGCCGUCAAACGAGAAUGGGCUUCGGGAGUUACAGCAUUUUCGUCACAGUACACCUCAACAAGCUACUCAGCAAAGCAGAUAUUGGGAAAACCGAAUGUUUAUCCUACAUAUAGUGUUAAUGCACUGGCAUGGAUGCCGAGGAGUUUUGAUGCAAAUCAAUACAUAGAGUUGAAAUUUCCGGAAAAGAUUUGGUUAACUCAUGUUAACAUAUACGAAACUUAUAAUGCUGGAGCUGUCACGAGAAUAUUGGCGAAAAACGAAGAAAAACGAUGGAUUGAAAUCUUUAGGGCUCCAUAUGCACAUUUAGUCAAGAAGUCAAGGAUAUUUUCCCCCCAGAUUAAAAGAGUGGACUUCCCUGUAAAUGAGCUGAGAAUAGAAGUUGAUUGUACUGUCUCUGGCACUUAUGUAGCUAUUGACGCAGUUGAAAUAGUUGGAGGUGGUUGUCCUAGACGGUUUAGAAAACUCUGGGAUUCUUGUUAUCUCAUCAGGAAAGCUAGAGUGUCGGCAGACAUGGCGUUCGUCAACUGUUUAGAGGCUGGUGGGUAUUUGGCCAACUUUGAAACUCUUGAAGAGGCUAUGCGAAUGAAAAAAUUUCUAAAGAAAAUGGGCAGAGGAAGUAACUUCUAUGUUGGGGGAAGAAAUGUUAACAGAAGAAAGCCCGGGGGAGAUUGGAGAUGGAUUAAGCACGGACAAAUGACUAAGAUGAAAUAUUAUGCAUUUGCUGCCAACGAGCCUAAUGGAUCUGACAAGUCACCUCAAGACUGCAUGUUCUUCUAUGCAAGAAGCCGCUACUCCUUCCACAAUAUCUAUUGUGAUAAUGGUUCACAUCUUAGUGGCUAUAUCUGCGAAGCCUGAAAAUUAUCAAUUGAUUUAUAAUGCAAUAAAUUGAAAGCAUCUUA